GCAGGGGUGUGAGUAAAGGAGGAGACCGUCCUACUCUCAGGAGUGAGAGUAAAUGAGGAGAACGUCCUACCAGCAGGGGUGUGAGUUAACGAGGAGACCGUCCUACCAGCAGCACUCUCCGCCUCCGACGCCGGGAACUUUUCGCAGUCCACCCAGAGAGCCCCUAGCCAGCGAGCUAGCUAGUAGUGUGGACACACACCAACAUGUCGACGUCGGGAACAAAGACCUUUCGGGUCAGCGAUGGGGAUUGGGUUUGCCCUGAUAAGAAAUGUGGAAACGUGAACUUCGCAAGGAGAACCAGUUGCAACAGAUGCGGUGGAGUUUCUACUCUGGCAGAGAAAACAACAGAAGCGAAGAUGAUGAAAGCAGGAGGCACUGAGAUUGGGAAAACUCUUGCAGAGAAGAGUAGAGGUCUCUUCAGUGCAAACGACUGGCAGUGUAAAACGUGUGGCAACGUCAACUGGGCCAGGCGGUCUGAGUGCAACAUGUGCAACACGCCCAAAUUCGCCAAGCUUGAGGAGAGAACGGGCUAUGGCGGUGGUUUCAACGAGAGGGAGAACGUUGAGUACAUCGAAAGGGAAGAUUCUGAUGGGGAAUAUGAUGAGUUUGGCCGGAAAAAGAAAAAGUUCCGCGGCAAACCCGGCAGCGAACCGGCAAAAAAAGAGCCCGCAAAGAAACCUCCCGCGAAGGUCGAGGAGGAAGACGACGACGAUGACGAAGACGAGGAGGAAGGAGACCUUUCAAAAUACAAACUGGAUGACGACGACGAUGAUGAUGAAGACGGAGACCUGUCCAAGUACGACCUGGACGCCAGCGAGGAUGAGGCCAAGGAGGGGGCGAAGGCCGAGCAGGAUGUGAAGGAAGUGAGAAAGGAGGGGGAGAAGGAGGACGAUAAGGAGGACGAUAAGGACAAGGCCAGUCCCACGGCCUCGUCCCGUUCACGCUCCUCCUCGCGCUCGUCUAGCUCCAGUUCUCGGUCGAGGUCCAGGUCCCGUUCUCGGAGCUCCUCCAGUUCCCGGUCUGGGUCCGGCUCCCGGUCUGCUUCCAGAUCCAGCUCCCGGUCGAGGAAGGGAUCCUCUCCCGGGCGGGGCUCCGCCCACUCCCGGUCGUCCACGCCCAAGCGCAGCCAGUCGCCCAAGCGGCGCAGCCAGUCGCCCGAGGCGGGGCGCAAGCGUAGCCGGUCGCCCGAGGCGGGGCGCAAGCGUAGCCGCUCCAGGUCCUCGUCCGCGGGGAGGAAGCACAGGUGCUCACGGACCCAGUCGUCUGAAAGACGCCGUGGACAUUCCUCCGGAUCCUCUCACUCGGGCUCCAGUUCAAAAAAGAAAUCGGUUUAGAUGCCCCCCCUUAAAAAACAGAGCAAUGAUACAGGGCGAAAAAAAGGACCCUAGUUAUAAGUGCAUGUUGUGUUUGAAAUAAGAAGAAAAAAAAAAAAGACCGGCCAAGUUCCUGAUGCUGUUUGAUUUCAUAAAACGUUGCAGCUCAUCUGUCUGACUCCCCGCUUAAAAUACGAGAGCGCUAUCCGUUUUCUCAUGCUACCCGCCACUCCUUAAUACAUUCUGCUCUGUGACAUGCGUGUGUGUAACUUUAGGUGUCAAAAUAAAAUACAAAUGUCUGGUCAUGUAAGAUAAAACAAGACAUACUGUGAAGAGGUUGUAUCCAUUUUAAAAGUCAUUUUAUUUUAUUUUAUUGGAUUCGCCUGCAAAACCUAAUCAAUAUAGGUUUAGUUUUUUUUUUCCGUUCAAAGAAAAAUUAAUUAAUUUUAAUUUGGCAAGAAAUAGGCUAUUUUCAAGGUAGUACUUGAGGUUUGGGUCGGUUUUGCUGCGUUUUGUGUUCAAGGUAAGUAUUUUUCUUUUACUUUAGAUUAUUGUUUGGAUUUUUUGUCUGCUCUGUCAUUAAUUGCACACAUUCUCUCAAGCAUAACGUUUGAAAUCUUAUAGCGGAUCCUGACAACAACAAAAAAAAAAACAUCAAAAAAUAUCAAAUGGUUUGUUAAAACCUUGGCCCUCCGUCACUGAGAAAAUACACGUUAAGAAAAUCGAAUUAUUUCCCAUGAUGACGCAGCAUUGAUAGAAUGUGCUUUUGGGUGUUUUUCUUCUGUUAAAAAAAAAAGGGUAAUAUGUAAAACAACAUGUAAAUAAAAUGCCUUGAUUUAACUGGUGGUCUUGUGUUUCAUCAUCCUUAAUGGAUUCAAAU